AUGACGGUCACAUCCGAACCCGCUGCGCCGGCGCAGUCGCAAACCCCGUCUCCCACCAGCCCACCAAAGCGUCACGAAGAAUAUCAAUACCUCGAUCUCGUCCGCCAAAUUUUCGACGAAGGCGAACUCCGUGAAGAUAGAACAGGAACAGGCACCUACUCCAUCUUCGCUCCAACCCCCCUAAAAUUCGCCCUCUCGAAACCCUCCCCUUCCGCCUCCGGGGCCUCCGCCGACCCCUCCUCCCCAUCCUACUCAUUCGAACCGAUCCUUCCCCUCCUUACCACAAAGCGCGUCUUCACCAAAGCCGUCCUCCUCGAGCUCCUCUGGUUCAUCUCCGCCUCCACCUCCAGCACCACUCUUUCCUCGCAGGGCGUCAAGAUCUGGGACGGCAACGGCUCUCGCGCCUUCCUAGACAUGCUAGGCCUCUCGCACCGCAAAGAGGGGGACCUCGGUCCCGUGUACGGUUUCCAAUGGCGUCAUUUCGGCGCCGAGUACGUCGAUGCGGAAACCGAUUAUACCGGCCAGGGCGUGGACCAGCUGCAGCGCAUCAUCGACACUCUGCGCACGAACCCCUACGAUCGCAGAUUAAUACUGAGCGCGUGGAAUCCCAAGGAUAUGAGCCAGAUGGUGCUGCCGCCUUGUCACAUGUUUGCGCAGUUUUACGUUUCGUAUCCGGGGUCCCGGGAGAGGACACGAAAAGAGGGGGAGCCAACAAAACAGGAGAAACCAAAGGGUCACUUGCACUGCCAGUUAUAUCAACGGUCGUGCGACAUGGGAUUGGGCGUGCCGUUCAACAUUGCUAGCUACGCGCUGCUGACGCACAUGCUCGCGCACGUGUGCGAUUUGGUGCCCGGGAGCUUGACUCAUGUUAUGGGCGAUGCGCAUGUCUAUCUUAACCAUGUGGAUGCGCUCAAGACGCAGCUGGAGCGCGAGCCCAGGGAGUUCCCGACGCUGGAGAUCAAGAGGGAGAAGAGAGGCAGUAUUGAUGGGUGGAAGGCGGAGGACUUUGUGGUCAAGGGGUAUGAGCCACACAAGACGAUUGCUAUGGAGAUGUCUGUUUAG